AUGAAGGGUAUCCGGGAACUUGCUCUUGUGGCCAGUGCCUCACUUGCCCAGGCGACGUCUACAGCAUCAAUCACGGCUGCAGCUACUAUUGUGGCGGACACUGCUGUCUCCGCACCUUCCUUGUUUCACCAUGAGAGAGUGCAAUUAACCGAAGGUGUCCUUGCUGGUGUUUCGGAGGCUCUGCAAAAUGACUCUAUCGCUAGCAUGUUUGCUUUCGCAAACUCAUCUUCUCAGUCCACCGUGACCAAGAGGAGCACACCACACAGCUGCAAGUUGAUGCCUGGGGAUUUCUGGUGGCCUUUGGAUCUCGUCUGGGAUGUGUUUGACCUCUUGCUCGGCGGCAGUCUGAUCAAGACGGUCCCUCUGGCGUCGUACUGUUAUCCGGAUUGGCCCCAGUACAAUGCCGCCAAGUGCGCCAGCAUCACAGCCGAUUGGCUGAUCUCAGAUCUUCACAUGGCUGACCCUGCUUCUAUCAUGCUGCCGUUGUACGAGGGUCGCUCUUGUCUACCAUCGCCAUAUAACUACACCGACUCUUGCACACAAGGCGCGUAUCCCACUUAUGCGGUAAACGUUUCCACUGUGGCGCAGAUCCAGCUGGCGGUGAACUUUGCCCGCAACCUGAACUUGCGACUUGUGGUGAAAAACACAGGUCAUGACUUCAAUGGAAAGGCCUCCGGCAAGGGCGCUCUUUCUAUUUGGACACACUAUCUCAAAGACAAGAGCUAUCUCCCGUCUUUCAAGGCCGCCAACGGCUAUGUCGGCCCGGCCAUCAAGUUCGGCUCUGGUAUUCAAGUUCACGAGGCCUAUGAGUAUGCCAAAACUCUCGGCCACUCUGUUGUCGGUGGUGAGGCAGUCACCGUCGGUCUUGGUGGUGGCUACACUGCUGGUGGUGGCCACUCCCCUUUGUCUAGCAUGUAUGGUAUGGCAUCCGAUCAAGUUUUGGCUAUGCAAGUGGUCCUCGCGGAUGGCAGAUUUAUCACUGCCAGCUCUACUGAGAACUCGGACGUAUUCUGGAUGCUUCGCGGCGGUGGUGGCAGCACCAUUGGUGUCGUCACUUCUCUCACUGUCAAGGCACUGCCUCAGCUGGAGACAACGACUGUGACAUUCAACUUCACCGUGAGCGACACCCCGGGCCCUAGUGCCUUCUGGGCUGCCGUCGGAUCCUACCUUGACAACUUCGAGGCCUUCGUUGAUGCGGGCACUUACGGUUACUACUACAUUGGAGCGUCCUCUAUGGAAAUUGGUACAACCUACGCCGGCGAUACCGACUACUAUUUCCGCAUGGAAUCAUUUGUCGCCCCCAACAUGAGUGUUGCUCAAACCGAGGCUCUCUUGGCUCCCUGGUUCGACACUCUUAACAGCCUGAACGUCACAUACACCCCCUGGUACAACAACGCCGAUAACUUCCACGAUGCCUGGGAGCCCGCCUUCCCUCAGGAAUAUGUUGGAACCGAUGUUGUUAAGACUGCUUCUCGCCUUCUACCUCGCAGUGUCUUCCAGAGCGAUGAUCUCCGCAAUCAGACCUGGGCUGCUUACAAGGACGCCGUGGAUCAGGGUCUCUUCAUUGCAGGCUUCCACAUCAGUGGUAUAGGUAUCGCCGUUGAGCCUCCUACGGAUAGCGCCGUUCUCCCCGCGUGGCGCGAUACCCUGACACACGUUAUCGUUGGUUCCCAAUGGAACUUUACCUCAUCCUGGGAUGUUGUUGAGAGUUCCUCGCUCUUUGUCACUGAGUGGAUGGACGUGCUUCGCGAGAUUGCCCCGGACUCAGGAGCCUACAUGAGUGAGGGCGAUCUCAUUGAGCCAAACCAACAGGAUGCCUUCUAUGGUGUCAACUACCCGCGUCUGUACGCCCUCAAGCAGAAGUACGAUCCUACUGGUCUCUUCUUUGCCCUCACUGCUGUUGGUGCCGAAGACUGGGAGGUUCAGACCACCGAUCCCUUGCCUUACUCGUGGAACAACAACGGGCGACUCUGCCCGAAGUCCUCUUGA